AUGCGCUACCCGCGGAUUACACCAGCGUGGCUCAAGCACGAGAAGCAGGUGCUGCGGUUCUACGGUUUCUUCCAGGAGUCGAUCCCAGAACGCUGGGACGAGAACAGCCGUUACCGACAUGUAUACAUCAUGUAUUUCAUGGAAGAUGGAACGAUCGGCAUCAACGAGCCAAAGGUAGAGAACUCAGGCAUCGCGCAGGGUACUUUCCUGAAGAGAAGUCGCGUCCUCAACGAAGACGGCAUCCCUAUUGGACCGGAUGACAUGCGGGUGGGACAGGACCUAACUCUGCAUGGCCGUACCUAUCACAUCAGUGGCUGCGAUCGCUUUACCCGCUGGUUCUUCGAGGAGAAUGGCAUCCAACUCGGAGAG